GAGAAAGGAGCUUCUUCACGAUGGUACGCACCAAGCAGACAGCGCGGAAGUCGACGGGAGGCAAGGCUCCACGGAAGCCGCUAGCUAUGAAUGUGGCUUGCAAGACUGCACCGGCUACUGGCGUAGUGAAGAAGAAGCAGCGCCGCUACCGCCCAGGCACCGUGGCGCUUCGUGAGAUCCGCCGCUACCAGAAGACCACCGAGUUGCUGAUUCGCAGGGCGCCGUUCCAGCACUUGGUGCGUGAGAUAGCCCAGGGUUUCAAGACUGACCUGCGCUUCCAGAGCUCUGCGCUGAUGGCGCUGCAGGAGGCCUGCGAGGCCUACCUCGUGGCGCUGUUCGAAGACACCAACCUGUGUGCCAUCCACGCCAAGCGGGUGACCAUCAUGCCGAAAGACAUCCACCUGGCUCGUCGCAUUCGCGGAGAGCACUCUUAAACUUAGACUCCACAGGCUCCUGAUUAUUGCACUAUCCUAAACCCAAAGGCUCUUUUCAGAGCCACCCACCACAUCUAAAAAAGUGGUUGUAACCUUGUAUGUAAAUUUGAUCGAUAAUUGAAAAUAUAUGCAAUUUUUUUGCUUUUAAAAACUGGCCUCAGAAUAAAAUCUUUGAAACCUUAAAAAUAUCACAAUGAAUGCAUGGGUUGU